GUGCACAAGUCCAGCAGCUAGCCAAGUCGAGCUAUGACGCGCGAAUAGCGUUUGGCGUGAGGUGAUGUGGCUGCGCUGGUGGGCGCCGGGGCCAACUAAUUGAUCGACUCCACACGCUCGCUCCCCCACAGCACACGUUGGGGAGAGCCUUCCACCAUCAUAUCCUAACUUUCAUCCCCUUAUCCUAUGUGUGAGAGCAUUCUCGAUUGACACUCCUCAAGCGUCACAUCCGCGCUCUCUUCCGGCUUUCACUGUCAGUCUCAUCAAGUUGUCGUAGCGCUACGCUCCCUUGCGACGGCAUUCGUACUCGCACCCGAACGAACUACUCCGCGACAAUGUCUCAAGCACCUGUGGUUCGCGAUGUACGGAACCCUCUGCUCUUCGAGUGCGCAUGGGAAGUCGCAAACAAAGUGGGCGGUAUCUACACCGUGAUCAAGACUAAAGCCCCAGUGACAGCACAAGAGUAUGGGGAUCGAUACUGUCUAAUCGGACCCUUGUCCUACAAGACAGCUCCUAUGGAAGUGGAAGCGAUGGAGCCCGAGAAUGAGCCGCUGCGAAACACACUCAACAGCAUGAAGGAGAGGGGAGUCAAGUUCCUAUAUGGACGAUGGCUGAUCGACCGCGCUCCCAAAGUGCUGCUCUUCGACACUGGUAGCAUGUACCAUCGCUUGGACGAAUGGAAGGGCGAUCUGUGGAACCUUGCAGGAAUUCCAACCCCAUCGCACGACCACGAGACCAACGAGACCUUGGUCCUUGGUUACCUGGUAGCUUGGUUUUUAGGCGAGUUUGCGAUCCAAGAAAAGAAGCGGGCAAUUAUUGCGCACUUCCACGAGUGGCAGGCAGGCCUGGCGAUUCCGCUGUGUCGCAAGCGCAGGAUUGACGUGACGACUAUUUUCACAACCCACGCUACCUUGCUUGGUCGAUAUCUCUGCGCUGGAUCUGUGGACUUCUACAACAAUCUGCAGUACUUUGAUGUGGAUCAUGAGGCAGGCAAGAGGGGCAUCUACCAUCGCUAUUGCAUUGAGCGAAGCGCAGCCCACUGCGCUGACGUCUUCACUACGGUCAGCCACAUCACGGCUUACGAGUCGGAGCACCUGCUCAAGAGGAAGCCUGAUGGAGUCUUGCCAAAUGGGCUGAACGUGGUCAAGUUUUCUGCGAUGCACGAAUUCCAGAACUUGCACGCUGUGAGCAAACAAAAGAUCAACGAGUUUAUCAAGGGGCACUUCUAUGGUCACUACGACUUUGACCUUGAUAACACCCUUUAUUUCUUCACUGCUGGACGUUAUGAGUACAGGAACAAGGGAGCAGACAUGUUCAUCGAGUCGCUUGCCCGCCUGAACCAUCGCCUGCAGAAAGCCGGCUCAAAGAUGACUGUGGUGGCUUUCAUCAUCAUGCCUGCGGCUACGAAGAGCUACACCAUCGAAGCGCUCAAGGGACAGGCAGUCACCAAGCAGUUGCGUGACACUGUGGAUCAAAUCCAGCAGCGCAUAGGCGAGCGCCUCUUUGAGCGCACAGCCAGAUACAAUGGCGAGGGAAACCCGGACAUUGUCGAUCCUGAGACAUUACUGUCUGAGCAAGAUCGCAUUCUCCUUAAACGACGCAUCUUUGCCCUCAAGCGUAAUUCGCUGCCUCCUGUUGUUACCCACAACAUGGCAGACGACGGAGCAGACCCCAUUCUGAACCAAAUCCGACGCGUCCAGCUCUUCAAUCGCUCUCAUGAUCGAGUUAAGAUGAUUUUCCACCCGGAGUUCCUCAAUGCAAACAACCCCAUUCUGGGCCUUGACUACGAGGAAUUCGUGCGAGGAUGUCACUUGGGAGUCUUCCCAUCGUACUACGAGCCUUGGGGCUACACUCCUGCUGAAUGCACUGUCAUGGGCAUUCCUUCCAUCACGACGAAUCUGUCAGGCUUUGGAUGCUUUAUGGAAGACACCCUCGAGAACAGUGAAGAUUAUGGCAUCUACAUCGUUGAUCGCCGCAUGAAGAGCGUGGAGGACAGUGUUAAUCAGCUGACAGAUCAGAUGAUGGGAUACUGCAUGAAGACCAGAAGGCAGCGAAUCAACCAGCGCAACCGUACUGAGAGGUUGUCUGAACUGCUCGAUUGGAAAAAGCUGGGGCUCGAGUAUGCCAAGGCGCGGCAGCUCGCGUUGAGACGCGCCUAUCCCGACUCCUUUGUGGACGAAGAUGAGGAUCCUGGGUACUUCGACUCUGCGAAUAAAGUCGGUCCGCCCCUCUCCGUGCCGGCGUCUCCUCGUUUCCGAGGAGCGGCCACUCCUGGCGAUUAUGCGACCCUUAGCGAAGAUAUGCAGGGUCUGUCCACGAGCGAUUACAAGGGCAGCUCUUUCUGGAAGGCCAUCAACGAUUCGAAAGACGAUGAAGACGAAGAAGUCUUCAAGUUUCCUCUGGUCAUGAAGAACAGGGUGCGCGGAGCUUCAGUUGGAAGCACGAGCGGUAUCAGCACACCCGGCUUGCUAGGCUCCAAGACUCUUUCGGCUCGUGAUCUUGACCGCGCUGAUGAGGCCCUUAGCGCACACGACGUUCGCGCGAAUGGCCACUGACAAAUUUGCUCAAGUCAGAAUUUGAUCGAGCGAAUCAAUGAGAUCUUGUAACACUAGCACAUGCAGAAUCAGCCCAAGACGCCCAUCGACGCCCACCUUUCCACUGCCUCUUAUUUGCGCCUUUUCUCUGAGACUCCCUCAAAGCCAGCCAUCUUUCCGCAUCGUAUCUGUUCAUCGCAGUGUCCCCCAGCUGGAGUUGACAGAUCAUUCAAGAAUUCACAUCUUUCCGAAUGCGCGGAUGCCUGCUCUCGAAAAGUGAUCCUUCGC